UCAGAUCAACCCAACAGCCACGGCUAUGAGAUUCACUUCGACCUCCAGAACAACCGAGGCCAGAUUACGAACAACCUGCACUGGGACAACCCAGAGGUCACGUGGCAACGCGUUUCGUGCCCCGGCGACCUGGCCAGCAAAUAUUCCCAGUGUGAAUGUCACUAA